AUUAUCAUUCCUAGAUAAAAAUAGGGACUGUUGGAGGUUGUUUAUUGAAGAUAGUUGUCAUAUACUUGCUUUGAAUACUGUUUUUAAAGAGCACAGCCACUUCUGUGUAAACAUUAACUGUAGACCUGUAUCACAGAAACUAUAUUUUUACAAGAUAUUUCUUUAAAAGGAAGAAAUGGGAGGAGCACUGACUUAGGACAGAAGGAUUUAGCUUGUUUAUAUUAUUCCUUUUGGUUACUGUGGGUUACAGUAUGGAGCAUACAACACGAUGCAGCUCCUUGUUUUUCAGUUGGAUUACUGAGUCUGAUUGGAGUGAUAUCAGUGUUUGAAUUCAAUUAUUUCACUUUCUUGUGUGGAUUAGUACCCUAUUCUGAUGACGUCCUGUUUUCUAGUGCCUCCUAACUUAGUCCAGUGACUUAAGACUCAUGAUCUGCUGCAUCAGCACCUUCCAGAUGUCCUUUGACACGUAAUGAUAAUUGAGGAUGCCAGCCCCCUGGAGAAUGUGCUGCAAUAAAAAAUCCAGAACUAAGAAUGCAAACUCUGAAACAGACAGUAUGGCAGAGACAAGUGAAAAAAUGCAGAUGAAAAAAGAAAUCACAUUAUUAAAUGGAAUUUCUUUAAUUGUAGGGAAUAUGAUUGGCUCUGGGAUAUUUGUAUCACCUAGAGGUGUUUUAAUGUACAGUGCUUCCUAUGGACUCUCUCUGGUCAUCUGGGCGCUUGGUGGGAUGUUUUCACUGUUUGGAGCUUUGUGUUAUGCUGAACUGGGAACAUCCAUCGUGAAAUCUGGAGGCAGUUAUGCCUAUAUCCUGGAGGCAUUUGGUGCCUUUGUGGCCUUCAUCAGACUCUGGUCUUCCUUGCUAAUAAUUGAACCAACAACUCAGGCAGUGAUAGCAAUCACAUUUGCGAACUAUAUUGUUCAACCCAUUUUUCCUCAUUGUGAGCCACCAUAUGAUGCAGUCAGGUUGAUUGCAGCUGCUUGUAUAUGUUCCUUAACCUUUAUUAAUUGUGUUAAUGUGAAGUGGGGAACCCGUGUACAAGAUGUUUUCACAUAUGCAAAAGUUAUGGCUCUUAUCUUGGUCAUAGCUGUUGGUCUUUACAAAAUUGGUAAAGGUGAGACGGAAAACCUGAGAGCUCCAUUCGAGGGCUCAGCAACAAACCCAGGGAUGAUCGCACUGGCUCUCUACUCUGCCCUCUUCUCCUAUUCAGGGUGGGACACGCUCAACUACGUCACCGAGGAAAUGCAGAAUCCCCAGAGGAAUCUACCUCUGUCUAUUGCAAUUUCAAUGCCUAUUGUGACUGUUAUUUACUUGUUGACUAAUAUAGCGUACUAUGUAGUGUUGGACAUGUCAGCUCUCCUCACAAGUGAUGCAGUGGCUGUGACAUUUGGUGGCGAAACCCUUAGUUAUGUUAAGUGGAUAAUUCCUAUAGCAGUGGCCAUGUCUUGCUAUAGUGGCUUAAACUCAUCAAUAAUUGCAGCAUCUAGGCUUUUUUAUGUUGGGGCCAGGGAAGGACACCUGCCUGACAGUCUGAGCUUGAUUCAUGUAAAGUGCUUCACACCAGUUCCUGCUCUCCUCUUCAAUGGCUUAACAACUUUACUUUAUCUCCUUGUGGAAGAUGUUUUCCUCCUCAUUAAUUACUACUGCUUCAACUACUGGCUCUUUGUGGGUUUGUCUAUUGCAGGACUAAUAUAUUUGAGAUAUACUCAGCCACACAGACCACGGCCUGUUAAAUUCCUCUCUACAGUGACACAAUCAAUUCCCUUAUUGGUGUUGGUAUUGCCCUCUCGGGCAUUCCUGCAUAUUAUCUGGGAGUCUAUCUGCCAUCUGAGAAACGGCCUAAAUGUCUGCAGUGGCUCUCUGCCACGACAACAAAAUAUGCUCAGUUGCUCUUUUACUGUGCUCUGUCAGACCUGGAUAUAGACGUGGAACCUACAACAGCUAAGAAUAAAUAGAGUUGCCUUGACUGUGGGAGUUGUACCUUGACAUUUCCAACCUGGAUCAAUUUUUAUCAUCUGGAGUUCUCUCUGUGUGUUCAGUUAUACUAAAGCACUAACCAGUGUACUGUGCAUUGGUUUGAUGUCUUUUAAUCUGUGCUUGUUUUAUAAACCACUCUGUUUUACAGAUUUUUUUGUUAAAUGCUAUUUGCUAACAGUAUAUUAUCAUGCAGCACUUUGAAAGUAUACAGCAUUGUAUGAACAAACAUUUCUUAGUAGAUAUGUGCUAAAUAUUAGAUUAAUUGCAAAAUCAUAAUAGAAAGUAUUAGGCCUAGUCACAAUCAUAGCAAGUAAAGUGAUAAAUAUAACAGAUGUCAGACCAGAUAUUUGUAAAAGUCAAAACCUGAGCUGGGAAGCAGAAGCCACAAUGUACUUCUAAAAAUAUAACUAAUUUCUUAGCCAAAGUAAAAAAGAUAUAAAUCAAACUGGUAGACAUGCUCUAAGUCAAUGUAGCAUUAGUAUUAAACUAUUCUAAUGCAUAAUUCCUGGCAUACAUAGAUUAGCAAAAAGAGAAAACCAAAGGUUUUGGUUCUUUAGAUUUUGUGGUAAAUUCUUAUUCAACAAUGUCUCACCUUUUUGCAGAAGAAGUAUUUUUGAGAAACAAACUGUACCAUUGUGUUUUUGCUUUCCAGCAGAACAACCUGCCAUGGAGCACUGUAAGGGACUGAGUCAUGUUCCAGCUAGCAUGUACUUAGGGAAAACACUUCACCUUUUCAUAGUGUCCAUUGCCUGCCUAGAAGUGUCAAAGGUGUGACGCUGGGAAUCAUACUAAUUUUUUCCACAGGGGGACUUAUUUAAGAAAUUCAUAGGGAAAAAUUAAAAAAACUGUGGAUGUUUACAAAAUCCCUUCAGCCCUUGCCCAACCCUUCAGGCCUUGCCAGUUCCUGUUAGACCUGCAGGUCUCCUUCUGAGCUCAUAGAGAGCUUUUAUCACCGACUACCAGCUCUUCAUGUCACGUAGGUACCUGUUGCACAAUAACCAGCAUAGGCAUGUGCACUGGAUGAGUGCACCCAGCAGCUGGUGCUCUGAAAGAAACAAGCAGUUAAAAACUAGGAUCAUCCUCUUGAACAUUAACUUUACCAGUGUGGCACAUGGGAAUAUGCAACUAUUCCAAAUUUGUAGUCUCCUGAAAUGGAAGAGAUAAUGUCAUUUUAAAAAAAAGCAAUCAGCCUUGCAACCUAAUGAUAAAAACAGCUGCUCCAGCUCUAAUAGUUUGUUGAUAAUGUAGACUGUUUGUUAUCCUCAUUGGCAAGUCAUGCUUCCUUUCUGUAAUUACAUUUGAAUAUAACACACAUUGUUUCUAAUUUGAGUUUCAGCAUUCCUGUAGGAUUAACCCCAAUUAAGAUAAUUUCAUCUUAUAUGAGUCCAUGCAGCUUCUGGCAUCAUUGUCCUUUAUUGAUGUCUGCUCUGAAAGAGCAAUGAAAUAGGCAGUCGUUGCUAUCUAAACUUCUCAUCAUUCCCUCCCCAGACCGUAAAGUCAUUUGCAGUACUGUAAUUUCUUGCAUCUCCAUCCAACACAGUGUUUGCCAAUGGGCCUCUGGGAAAUCCUUUAUUUGCAUUUUAAUGCCAUCUGCUGUGUUGAUUUCCUUUCAGAGGAGUUUUCUUUUGAUACAAAGUAUGAACAAUAAAAACACACUAAAUUAAAGUCAACAUGAAGUUAUUAGAGAUGCAAGUUUUGCUUUUUGGAAGCCACAGCUUUUGAGCACUAAAAUUACUUAAGUAUCACAAUCACAAAAUAGGAAGAGGAAAGAAGACCUAGGGUGUAGUUUAGUUUGCUCAUCCUAGAGCAUCCCCUUACACAAACAGCACAACACAUGCCUCUGGUACAGUAUAGCGCUGUUUUGAUCCUGCUUUAUGAUUGUAUGGAGGUAUCAUGGCUUUCCUCCAUUGCUUAUGAAGCACUGGGUAAGGACAGAGCUGUGGUUCCAGACCACACCAGGGAACAAAGAGAAUACAAAUCCUACAAGUUGGUACCAAAGUAAACAUGCCUUCACAGAGUUCAAAGCCAUGCUUAGUGCUGAGCUGUGCAUCACAGCAAGACAGCACUGUACCAUCCUCUCAAAUUCUUCUUGUGGGACCAAAGUUCGUAAGUGAUUUGAACCACAUGAGAUGACAUCUUUCGUGGUAACAGAGAGCAGGCAGUACAAAGUAGUGUAAUAAGGGCUACAGGCUAACACCAUUUCUGUAGGAAAUUCUUAGCUGAUGAGCUUCUUCCUUUGUUUUGUUUUUUUUUUUUUUUCCAAAAUCUCUGUUUUCAUAGAGCUGUUAACUUUCUGGGCAUAACACACAAGCCUCUGUUUUCUCUCUUUCUGGACAGAAGGACAGUAGUAGUCAGAUGCAAGGUUCUAAAUGUGGCAUUCUCUGUGGACAUUGGCAUCUCAGAAAUGUUAAUGUGUUUGUUGAUUUUUCACUCCUUACAAAUUAUACAUGUAUGUUAUUGUCAAAUAUCUAAAGCAAGUCAGAGAUGCUGAAGUGUUUUAAAUAAAUACACAUUCGAUCUUUGGCAAAUGCUGUAGUUGUGUGGUUUUAAAGCAUAAAAAUAGUACUGACUGAAAUUUGCACUGCUUUACAUCUGUUGGUU